GCUCAUCCAAUCCAGACUUUAUUUUAGUGUUCACCGGGCGGUGGCGUUGAGCAGUUUAAAAUUUCAAGAUCAACAGAAAAUUCCAUUUUUAAAUCAAACUUGCAAUGAAAGCAUUCCUCAAUGUCUGCCUGCUGAUACUGGGCUUUGUAGCCGUGGCCACUGCUAAGCGUCGUGGACCAGUGCGUGACAAGCUGCCAGUGACACUGUACUACGAGGCUUUGUGUCCCUACUGCAGGGAGUUCGUCACCUCGCAACUCUUACCCGCGAUGAUGCGCCUGAACCUUUUACCAUUUACGGAGCUAACUCUAGUUCCCUAUGGAAAUGCCAAGCUCGACGAUGCCGGAAAUGUCGUUUGUCAGCACGGGGUAGAUGAGUGCGAGCUAAAUGCCUGGCAUGGAUGCAUACUGGAGCACCACAACGUCACUCAAUCUUUCAAACUGAUCGCCUGCAUGAUGAGGGGCAAGAGGAACAGACUGGACAAGUGCGCUGACCGCUACAAAAUCGAUGUGGGCGAUGUAAAGAAAUGCAAGGCAACCCGUUCCGUCAACGAGAUAUUGGCCAAGUACCGCCAGGAGACGGCCAAGGUCUCAUUUAAUGGAGUGCCGGCUAUAGCUUUGGAUAAUAUUUACGAUGCCCAUGAGUCCGAACAGCUCUCGGACAAUUUUGAUGUCAUGUUUUGUGCGAAAUAUAAGAAAAAGUUCAACAAAAGCCUUAACACCUGCCCUUAAGUGCCACCUGUCCGAAUUUUAUUCAAACAAAGAGUCUAAAAUAUUUUAAUAAUUUCUUUAUCAAGUUUAUGAUUAUUUAUAGUCUUAAGACAAUAAAAUCAAGCUAUAAGUUUAAGGACAUUUCUUCUUAAUUAAAGUUUUCAAAAUAUACUUCUUAUAAUUUUCUGUUUCUUAAAGCCAAUUGUAAGCAAGAUAGUAUAUAUGUAACCAUUGCCGAGAAAGUUUGAAGAAACAGUUCCUGAGAUAUAUUAAAAAGACCAAAAAUGCAGACCUUAAACUCGUAUAGAUUAAGUUGUAUAAUAAAGACCUCUGCCUGUAAAGAAGUGA